AUGACCGAAAAUUGAAGUCGUGUGAUGUGAAUUGUGGAGCUCCUCUCUCCGGUUGUUGUCGCUUCAGAUCGCCGGCCCGACGCGUCCACGGGAGGCCGCUCGGUACUCGGUGUUCUCCGGACGAGUUCGGUAGUUCCUGCAGGCCUCCGUUCUUUUGCACGUGACCCACACGCCAUGCGCGUGCCAGCCUCUGCUCACAGCCCCCCCUGCAGCUGAGCCCCCCACCCACCCCACAUCACACCUUAAAGCCCCAGUGACCCCCACCACCACCCCUCCAUCGACCAUCACCAUGGAUCCUGACCCGCAGCCCGGCCCUCUUCCCCGGCCCAGUGCAGAGUACUUCCAGUGGGACCACCGCCUCCGGCUCGUCGGCCUGGGGUUCGCCUUCUACGCGGCGACCUUCCUCCUCUCCCACCUCCUGUCCAUGGCGCUGUCCCGCACCUACAGGUCGCUUCUCGCCAAGGAGAGGGUCUUCUGGGACCUGGCAGCCACCCGGGCGGCGUUCGGCGUCCAGAGCACCGUGGCCGGUCUGUGGGCCCUCACCGGGGACGAUGCGUUGACCGCAGACAAAGUGCGGGGCCAGGAGGACUGGUCGUGGUUCAACGUCCUCACGGCCACGGGUUUCUUCGCGUUCGAGAAUGUGGCGCUUCACGCCUCCAGCGUGGCGUUUUGGUCGUUUGACCUCCCGCUGGCGACGCACCACUUCUUCGCCCUGUCGGGGUACGCCGGGGCGGUGGUGUGGGACUCCCUCGGCCACUUCCUGCCGAUGGUCACGCUGCUGCUGGAGGUCAGCACGCCGUUUACCUGCAUAUCCUGGAUGUUACUGAAGGCCGGCUGGGCACGCACCAUGAUCUGGAGAGCCAACCAGUGGGUGAUGAUCCACAUGUUCCACUGUCGUAUGGUGCUCACCUACUACCUCUGGUGGGUGGCCCUGUCCCACUGGGGGGAGCUCAGCGCCCACGUGGCCCUGCCCCAGCGGCUGCUUUUCUUCACGGGCCUCGCUCUUCUCACGCUCAUCAUCAACCCCAUCUGGACGCACAAGAAGACCAUGCAGCUGCUAAACCCCGUGGACUGGAACUUUGGGAACGCGCCGGCUCCCCUGAACGGCGCCGACGACGGCCGGCCUGUGGUUUCCGUCAAACCUCACGCCAGCUGAGGGCUCCCGCUGAGGUUGUUUCUUAUCCGACUGAUGCCACAUUUGUUUUUUCUUGUUUUUCUUUCAUAAUGGACAUGGGAAGUGACUUUUAGCAUGGUGGGAGUAAUAUGGAUAUUUUUAAGAUUUAUCUUGUUAGCUUCUUCAUAGGUGCGUGCGGUUGUGUAAGGCAGUGGAAUGGGUCCCUGCUUGCACGUGUCACUUUCACAACACAGUGUUGAGAAAUAUCCAUAUUACCAGACCAGUCUUAUAAAUGCUUUGUUUGCAGGAGGACAAAUAUGCAAGAUAGCAGAUGUUGCAAGAGCCAUUAAAAAGCACAAACUUACAAAUUCUAA